GGUCCAAGAUUAUCAUGGUUUUUGUUUUCUUUAUUUUCCUCUCUCUAAAAUUGUGCCCUGCAAUAGGGCAAACUAAUUGGAUCAGGGCUGGUUAUUACUAUAAUGCACGAUAUGCGUUCCCCAUUUCGAACAUAAGUUCUGCUCUUUUCACUCACCUUAUUUGUGCUUAUGCUGGUGUUAAUUAUACCUCCUACGAAGUUUCGGUAUCACCAGCUGAUGAAGAACGCUUCUCCUCCUUCACAAAUAUUGUGAAACAAAAGAAUCCAUCAGUCACUACACUACUAUCUGUUGGGGGCAGCGAUGUAAAUUAUUCAACCUAUUCUUCAAUGGUAAGCAAUUCUUCUUACCGAAAAUCAUUCAUCCAUUCCUCAAUAAAAAUAGCCCGAUUUUACGGUUUUCAAGGCCUAGACUUUGCUUGGCCACAUCCAGACACAACAUCUGAUAUGUUCGGUAUGGGAGUUCUCUUUCAAGAGUGGAAAGCUGCUAUUAGUUUAGAGGCAACAAACUUUAACCACUCGCAACUGAUCUUGACAGCUAGGGUUACAUAUUCACCCUCGCUGUCUUCAGCAAGUUACCCUAUAGAGAUGAUGCAACAUUUGAAUUGGGUUCAUGUUCUUCCCUAUGGUAGCUCCUAUCCUCCCUCAGAAAACCUUACUGGUGCUCAUGCAGCUCUAUAUAGCCAAGGGAAUAUCCUUAAUAUGGAUCACGGUGUAAGAGAGUGGAUCGGUAAAGGAUUAUCAGCUAAUAAAUUGGUUUUGAUUUUGCCUUUCUAUGGCUCUGCAUGGAUGCUCCAGAAUCCUAUGGUGAAUGGAAUUGGUGCACCAGCAAAACAAUUUGCCCUUAAUACUAAUGGUGGUGGUGGUGGAACCGCAUCAUAUAAAGAAAUCAAGAAUUACAUUGAGGACUAUGGUCCUGAUGUUCCUGUCGGGUACAACUCAACCUAUGUGGUGAAUUACUGGACAAAGGGAUCAAUUUGGAUUGGAUUUGAUGACGUUGAGGCUGUUAGAGCUAAGAUUUCUUAUGCCAAGAAGAAAAAGCUACUUGGCUACUCUGUGUGGCAAGUCUCCUAUGAUUAUAAUUGGGUGCUUUCUAAAACUGCAGCUGGAGUGGCAAUAAAUGAUUCUUCAGUUCAGGAGGAUCAUAAAAGUGGACAAAAUAAUAAGAGCCCUGUUUUAGUAAUCCUUUUGUCUACAGCAGCUGCUGUUUCUCUUCUCUUCGGAAUAUUUGUAAUAUUUUACUGCUGGAGGAGAAAUUUCAAAUUAAGAUGGACGGUGCACUCCACUACAGAAUCCAAUGACAAGGCAAACAAAGCAGCAUCGGCUGGAGAUUUUAAUAGCAAUGUUCCUAAUCUGAUGGAAUAUACAUUGGGUGAUAUAGAGGCAGCAACCAAUGGGUUUUCAAUUGAAAAUAAGCUUGGAGAGGGUGGAUAUGGCUCUGUUUACAAGGGAAUACUUCCGGAUGGACAGGUAAUAGCAGUAAAGAAACUUUCAAAAACAUUCACUCAAGGAUUUGAGGAAUUCAAGAAUGAGGUUAUGCUCACUGCCAAACUCCAACAUGUAAAUCUUGUUCGAGUUUUGGGGUUUUGUAUUGAUGGAGAAGAACAGAUAAUCAUCUACGAAUACGUGCAAAACAAAAGCUUAGACUCUUACCUGUUCGACCCCAUUAGACAAUUAGUUUUGGAUUGGAAAAAGCGUGUAUACAUCAUUGAAGGAGUUAUUCAAGGGCUUUUAUAUCUCCAAGAAUACUCGAGAUUGACUCUUGUUCAUCUAUAUUUAAAAGUUAACAAUGUCUUGUUAGAUGGAGAAAUGAAACCCAAAAUAUCAGAUUUUGGAAUGCCUAGAAUAUUUGUGAAAGAUGAUCUUGAAGUAAACACAAAUCGUGUUGCUGGAACACAUGGUUACUCAACUAAAUCCGAUGUUUAUAGUUUUGGGAUUCUACUUCUGCAAAUCAUCAGUGGCAAAAGGAUUUCCCUUCUAUAUGGUCCGAACGAAAGGCUGAGUCUUCCUCACUAUGCAUAUGAGUUGUGGAAUGAUGGUAAAGGCAUGGAGUUUAUGGAUGAAUCACUGGACGAUACAUAUUCGUCCUAUAAAUUAAUGAGAUGCUUGCAAAUCGCUCUGUUAUGUGUUCAGAAAAAUAAAGUUGAUCGGCCGUCUAUGUUGGAAGUUUUAACAAUACUGAAAAAUGAAAAAACAGACAUCAUGAUUCCAAAGAAGCCUGCUUUCUUGAAACAAAAUGAACAAGAUAAAUCUAUAAUGCAGUUGGAAGAUUAUUCAGGGUGCACUCUCUCAAUUAAUGAUGUAACAAUUUCAGAUCUGGUACCCAGAUAAAAUUUAUUAUGUACCUUUUGAGAUUGGUAAUGUGUGUAUCCUGGACUUCUGCUAAGCUAGAUAGGUUCAAUUCCUUAGCUGCAUUGUGGGUUUUAUUUGGUGUAGUUUUGUAUU